AUGGGUGUUAUACGCAAGAAAACGAUCAGCAGAGGUGGUGAAGGUGGUGUCAAGUAUGUUUGCGACGUCUGUUCAUCAGACAUCACAUCUACGGUCCGCAUCAGAUGUGCCGACGUCGCCUGCAGUGACUUCGAUCUCUGUGUCUCUUGUUUCGCCAAGGGUGAAGCUCGAAACUCCCACAAUCCUGCGACACAUGCUUUCCGGGUGAUAGAACAAAACUCAUUUCCCAUCUUCGAUCGAGAAUGGGGCGCCGACGAGGAACUACUUCUCCUUGAGGGUGCAGAGAUCUAUGGACUCGGCUCAUGGGCCGAUAUCGCAGACCAUAUCGGCGGUUUUCGCGAGAGAGACGAAGUUCGCGAUCACUACCUCCAGACUUACGUUGACUCGCCCGCCUUUCCACUACCAAAACGAUGCAGCCCCCAUGAUUGCGAAUUGGCCAACGAAAUUCCCAGAGAAGAAUUCCAAUCACGCAAGAAGAGACGAAUAGAAGAGCGACGGGACGCUGCCAAGAAUGCGCCAACCCUCCAACCAAAGACAAAGCCAACAGCCAGUGUGCCAAGUUGUCACGAAAUUCAAGGAUACAUGCCUGGUCGCCUAGAGUUCGAGACCGAGUAUGCGAACGAGGCCGAAGAAGCUGUCCAGUUAAUGCAGUUUGAUCCUGGUGAUGGACUCAACCCGAGAACCAACGAGCUCGAGCCUGAAAUGGAACUCAAGCUUACUGUCAUGGAUAUAUACAACGCUCGCCUGACACAACGUGUGGAGCGUAAAAAGGUCAUCUUUGAGCAUAAUCUUCUCGACUACAGGGAAAACACCAAACUUGAAAAGAGGCGGACCAAAGAAGAGAAAGAUUUGAUUCAAAAGGCCAAGCCAUUCGCACGCAUGAUGAAUCAACAGGACUUCGAAGAGCUUAGCCAAGGCCUCCUUGAUGAGCUGAACCUACGACAAGCGAUCACACAACUACAAGAAUGGCGAGGCGUCCGUAUUGGUGAUCUUAAAAGUGGCGAAAAAUACGAGACGGAUAAGGCCCAGCGAAUACAGAAGGCGAUCCCUAUGGGUUCUAUGGAUCGUGAGCGCCUAGCGUCUGCUCAGCGGUCUAAGCAGCCCCCUCCACCUGAGCCUGCAAGCGGAGCUGCUCUCCUCAUCCUUCCAGAACUACCUGCACGACUAUUGCCAACACCUAGUGCGGAAGUGAAUGGAGAUGGAAAGGCUUUAACUAAUGGCCAUGCUGAUGGACAAACUAAUGGCCAGACGAAUGGGCAAGUCAAUGGAGUUAAUGGGGUCAACGGCCACACGACGCCGAAGCAGAAAUACACGGCCCAACCCAUCUCAGGCGUACAGCCUAUGCCGAUGAGCCAGGAUACUGCUCCGGAUUUGCAUCUUCUCACACCAGAAGAGGCCAAGCUGUGCGAAGUGAUCAGACUACAGCCCAAGCCGUACCUGAUGAUAAAGGAGCAGAUCCUCAAAGAAGCACUCAAGAGCAACGGCACAUUAAAGAAGAAACAGGCCAAGGAGAUCUGCCGGCUGGAUUCUCAAAAGGGAGGGCGAAUAUUCGAUUUCUUUAUCAAUUCGGGCUGGGUGGGCAAGGCGUGA